UUUAUCAUCUGCAUCAUCAAAUCACUGUUGAGUGGAAAGAUAAGAUGAUAAUGAGAGGUUGAGAAUUUAAACCAGAAUAUUGGCACAAAACUGUUCGUAUUUUAAUAAACUGAAAUAAUUCCUAAGCAAAUAUGGCUCCCCCUCAAAAAGGUAAACAGGGUACCAAGGGUUCCAAACAAAUAGUGGAGGAGAAUGUAUCAACUUUGAACUUCUAUAGGAACAUGGCAAUUGGGGCCAAUGCCUCUUCAUUGAUUAUCCUGGUGUUCUAUCAAUCAACAAUAAGUUUUGCACAUCAAAGACAUAAUAAUCCUGACGGCGGGAUGCCAGGUCCUCUCCGCCGUCAUAUCCAACUACUUCUGGCUGCUGUGGCUGCUGGCGCCCGCCAGAGGGGCCUGGAUAGCCUGGCGCAGCCUGCUGCAGCCCUACUUCUUCCAGUCGGGCGGCGAAAAUGCAGAGCCGCAGGUCAACGAGAAGAAGCAGAAGAAGAUGGAGAGGAAGAUGAAGAGGAUGCAGAGGAGUUACUGGAACCAAGUAUUGAUCCAUCAAGAAAUCCUGUAAACGACAGGCACGUCAUUGAAGGUGACCAAUCGCCUCGUCUUAUCGCUCCCGCUCUGCGAAGGCGCCACCUUAUUCGACAUCAAGGACAGCCUUCUCAAGCUGUUGCGGAAACUGGCCGUUCUGGAGAAAUUCGCGCUGGCGAUCAUGUUCGUCGUGAUGGCAUUUUCGAGGAGGUGCAAUGUGGUCUCAGGAAUUCGGGCUUCUGGUGGGCAGAAGCAAGAACUCAAAUGUACGGCAUUCAUGGCAUAUCUUCGGCCCGAUUGAGACUUUUCAGAGAAUGCCAUUAA